CACCUCGUCGCCAUUGAUCGCGCGUCCGUCUCCCCGCGCUGCUCCGGGGUCGCUGCUCCUGCCAUGAAAAUGCACUUCUGUAUCCCGGUGUCCCAGCAGCGGCCCGACACGCUGGGAGGCCGCUACGUGCUGUACUCCGUGUACCUGGACGGUUUCCUCUUCUGCAAGGUGCGCUACAGCCAGCUACAUCGUUGGAAUGAACAGCUAAGGCGGGUGUUUGGAAAUUGCCUGCCACCCUUUCCACCAAAAUACUAUCUGGCAAUGACCACAUCUAUGGCUGAGGAAAGGAGGGACCAGCUGGAACGAUAUUUGCAAAAUGUAACUGCGGAUCCAAACAUGUUGAGAAGUGAUGUCUUCAUUGAGUUUUUAAAACUGGUACAGCUGAACACGUUUGAUGUUGCAACCGAGAAAGCUGCUCUGGAUAUACUUCUGCCCAAUGGAAGGAGCAUUAAAGUGGAAAUCCUAACAUCAGAUACUGCUGAAAGAAUCCUAGAGGUGGUGUCGCAAAGGCUUGGACUGCGUCAGGAGCUCUUGGGCUACUUCGGCCUCUUUCUCAUUCGGUUUCACAAGGAGGGCAAGCUCUCUGUUGUGAAGAAGUUGGUGGACUUUGAACUCCCUUACGUUUGUCUUCGGAAUGCUGAGGUGGAAAACUGCAAGGUUGGACUCAGAAAGUGGUACAUGGAUCCAGCCCUUGACUCAAUGCUGAUGGACUGCAGAGCAGCCGUAGAUCUGCUGUACAUGCAGGCAAUACAGGACAUUGAAGAAGAAUGGGCCAAACCCACACCAGCCCAGAGGCAGGAAUUAGAGGCUCUCCAGAAAGAAAACAAUCAAACAAAGUUUUUGGAGCUGUCCCGGGGGGUGCAGCACUACGGAUGCAUGCAACUGGACCCACUGACAUGCGACUACCCAGAACCCGGCUGCAGGGCCCUUCUUUCUGUCGGCAAUCAUGAGAUCAGCUGCUGCAUAACACUGCCUGACAACCGGAUCCAGGAUGUCACUUUCCAGAUGAGCAGGGUGAAGUGCUGGCAGGUUACUUUCCUUGGGACUCUGCUGGAUAUGGAUGGACCCCAGCGAACUCUCAAUCAGAACUUAGAGCUCAGAUUUCAGUACAGCGAGGAGAGUCGCUGGCAGUGGUUUGUUAUUUAUACCAAACAGGCUUUUCUGCUGAGUAGCUGCUUGAAAAAGAUGAUCUCAGAGAAGAUGGUACAACUGGCUGCUGAAAGCUCAGAAAUGCAGAUUGAAGUCCUGGAACAAGGCAAAAGUCAAAAAUACCAUGUUCAACAAAGCCAGAAGGACUAUUCUAGUUUUCAGCCAAGACAAAGAAAGAUUAAGAGAGCAGAAGGUGAUUGUGUUUUUGGAACCAUAAAGGAAGAAGAUCUUUGAAGAGAAGUUUUACCUUUUAAUUUUUUUUUUUUUUUUU